GUUGUGGGAAUUAGUUGUUCAGCAGAGUGAUGGCAUUCAGAAAAAAAAGUCCUUGUGUGUAGUUGUUCUGGUCUGCAGUGCCUUAUAGUGGUAGAAGUUGACACAAUUUAUGUUCAGGAUGUGAGGGGUCAGUAGAUAUUUUCACAGCCCUCUUUUUGACAUGUACAGGCCCUCGAUGGAAGUCAGGUUGGUAGCAAUUAUUUUUUCUGCAGUUCUAAUUAUUUGUUGAAUGUCUGUCUUGUUUGGUUGAAUUAAAAUGAAAUAAAAAUAAAUUGGCACAACUUGCUAAGAAACAGACUAUCCAGCCACAUUUAAGCUCGGCCUAUUAUUGGAACUCCAGAAGAAUGAGCAAAUCCAUCUCAUCUGCACAGGACGUUGGGGACCAGGAGCGUCCGUCCAGGAAUUUAACGCUACAGAAUUUCCCCUCUGCGUUGAUGUGCUCCAGCGAGAUGCGUUUCUUAAGCUGCAGGUAGGUAUCAUCUUGGAAAUGAUGGGUCCUUUAUCUUGGAGAUCUCAUCAGCCGACGACACGUUUCUUUUUUUGCUCCUGCUUUCAGAUCACACCUGAUCGCUGGUUCUCCGGAGAACAGUUAUACGGUGGCAGGAUUUAAUAUUAGGCUAUUGCGCUAUUGCGAGAAGCAAUCCAGGUCAAACGUAUCCCGCGCAGGGAGAUGAUGAGCGCAUGGCUAAUGUUGGCUUCGCUGAUGGCAUGGACUGGGGGAGGGGGAGGCGGGGAUUCCCUCUUCCAGCUGGAGUAGCUCAGGAAAGGGGAUUCCCCCUUUCAGAAUGCUCGGAAGUUCGGGAUUGUUCCGAGUGACGUCACAGAGGGGUGCUCCCGGGUUGGAGGAUGAGGCGUUAGUAGCGCAGGGAAGAUCAGUGAAAUUACGUUCCGGGCCUCUUGAAUCCAGCGGGCCUUCCUGCUCAUCCCUCUCCGGGGGAAUGCCCUCCGCCCUCUCUUCCUCCCGCUAGGCCGCUUUCAGACGGGAAACCCUCCAACGGUCCGUCUCCGUCCCUUCCCGUCGCCUCUCCGGCUCGUGGUGCUGGUGGCGGCGGCGGCUGGUGUAAACUGAACUCUCGCGAGGUUUCAGCGCAGGACAUCGCUUGCUGCGGCUCGGAGCGGCGCCAUUUUGGGAUGGACUGACUGGUGCGAGGUGAGCAAGAGAGAGAGAGAGAGAUCUGUGCGCGCGGCGGGCGAGAAAAGGCGGCGGCAAAAAGGAGCUUUCAAAUCCGGAGGUCCCGCUUUUGUCUGGGAACUUUGCCGGUAAUUCUCUAGUUUUGAACGUCGGGGGUUAUUUUACGUUGCUUCCGAUUAAAUGAGGAAAAGCUUUCUCAAUUGAAAAGGACAAUAUUUUUCCACCAUGGAGUCGAUCUGUUCAACCGCUUUCCACUUCGUGUUUUUCUGAAAUCUUCAGAAUUUAAAGCUUUAUGAACUUUUGAAAAUUUUCUCCCCUUUUCCUUGAAGACACCUUGGACUAAUUUUUGUCCCUAUGGAAUGGAUAAUUAUAUAAACUUCUUAGGCUCUGCAUUUUUUUGAAAACUCUUAUUUUUCAGUUCAGUGAAUUCAGGAAAAAUUGAGAUUGACUUAAUUUGCCAAUUAUAUUUAGAAAAUAUAUUAGCCGUGGCUUCUAGUUCUUCCCCUUUGGUUAUAGUUGAUGGCAACUAUUUAAAUUUUUAGGAGGAGUAAUAUUGCUGCUUGCAGUGAACCCUAUUUCCUACAUGAAGGCAAUGGACUUUAUUUUUCAUUUGCAUUUGCUUUUUAUAUAAAGAAGCAUUAUGGAAAUAUUGAGAUAGCUGCUGUGUGCUCAUGCCUGAAUUAACUCUUAGAAAUGCACCUCAUUUUGGAUGUGGAAUUUGUUCUGUUCUUUAUGUCUUAAAAGGGGUAUUUAUUUUUUUAUAGAGCUGAUGCUCAUUAUCGUGCAAAAUACAUGGAAUAAGAAAGUGAAGAAAACUUUGUUUCUCAAAACAAGCUUCUAAAAUCAGACUUGUUUGCUUCAAGAAAUAACUUGGCAGAAUCCUUAUAUGUGAACAAUGGGUAGCUGAUUUUGGAGAGUCAGCUGUUUGCUACAGAUGUAGUAUCUUUAGGGAGCUCAGGAUAUUUCAAGGGAAGCAAAACUGGAAAACAAAUUUUGGGAAGUCGAUGCCAAUCUCCGCAGUACUCUUGGAUUUUGUUUAUUUUCAACAGAAUCCAGUGCUACCUCAUAUAAAAUGGACACAGCAAUCUAAUUCAGAAGUAUUGUCAUGAGGUGUUGAAGCCUUGUUUCACUGAUUGGAAGACUGGACCUAAAUGGCGCAGCAUGACUUUGCUCCAGCCUGGCUUAAUUUUCCUACUCCACCACCAUCACAAAAGUCAUCACUGAAUUUUGAGAAACAUUCCAGCACCUUUUCAUGGACAGAAAAUCGUUAUGAAGUUAAUCGUAGACGGCAUAACUCUUCUGAUGGAUUGGAUCCUAGUUGUGGCUAUUCAAAUGGAGGGCAUUCAGGAAGAAAAGAAAGAAAUGGUUGGCGUUCACAAGGCAGAAAUGGAACAGAAAACUCAAACUAUAGAGCAGGAUAUCAUAAUGGAAGUUCACGUGCUCGCACCAGGAGCUUUCAGUCUGGAAAAAGCCAAGGAUCACAAGAAAACAAAGCAUCUGAAUGUGAGACACUGAAAAAGACACGCAAGGAAGAACCCAAACAAUUUGAAGCUGAAGAUUUUCCAUCCCUGAAUCCUGAACAUGAGAGGGAACCAAACCAGAAUAAAUCAUUAGCGGAAGGUGUUUGGGAAUACCCUCUAAAUCCUAAAUCUAGAUCUCCACGAAUGCUGAUUAUUAAAAAAGGCAAUACAAAAGAUUUGCAGAUAUCUGGAUUCCCUGUGGGAGGAAAUAUUCAUUCAUCACAAUUGGUUGGGAAUGGAACUGGCCUGAAUGUCUAUAAAGGUUUAGUUCCUAAACCUAUUAUUCCACCAGCAAAGAUCACACAGUGGAAAAGCCAAACAAAAGAGAACAAAACUGGGCCUUCAUUUCCUCAUGACUCUGCAUAUGGUAGUGGAAAUUUUAGUGCUUUAAAACCUACUGCCAAGCCUAUUGGAUCACAAAAGUCAAUGAAAGAGUGUAAUCGGUCAAAUUCCUUAUCUCCAGUUGAUAAACUUGGCCAGCCUCGUUUAACCAAAUUAACACGAACACGCACUGAUAAGAAGAGUGAAUUUUUGAAGAUGUUAAAACGGGAUCCAGUGGAAGAACAUGAUGAAAACUCUGUUGAGCAAGAGAAGGAUGAUGAUGAUGAUGAUGAUGAAGAUGAAUUUAAUUUACAUAACAGCAACAAUGGCCACCAAGGGAGGGACGUAAACAGGAAUUUUGAAAAUGAGAAUCCUCAGCAAAUGAUCCAGUCUUCAGCAUUUCCACAGACUGAUGUCCUUUCGAGUUCACUUGAAGCAGAACAUCGGUUGUUAAAGGAAAUGGGUUGGCAGGAAGACAGUGAAAACGAUGACACUUGUGCUCCACUAACGGAAGAUGAAAUGAGAGAAUUUCAGAUCAUUAGUGAACAGUUGCAAAAAAAUGGCCUCAGAAAAAAUUGCAUUCUAAAAAAUGGUCUCAUCUGUGACUUCAAGUUCAAUCCCUGGAAAAACAGCACUUUCAAAGCAAUGCUUGAGAAUGAAGAUACCGAGACAAGCAGCAGCGACACAUCAGAUGAUGAUGCGUGAAGAGUUGAAGAUUUGUACUGUGCAUCUCAUGCAAUUUAAGAAAUGUUGAAAAAGGAGAACGAUAUUCUUAUGGUAGCGAUAUGCACCAGUAGAAGGAGGAUCUUUGGGACUCCUCAUGAAGGAACCUAAGAUUGUUAUGCUAAUGAGCUGUGUUGAACCUGAUUUUUAAUUUCUUUGUAAAUGGAUGUUGUAGAAAUGAGAACUUUUUUCCACAUUGCCUUUCUUCAUCACUGCAGCAUUUCUCUGACUAGCAAUGUGAUAAUGUAAGAGAAUGAUUUUUUUCAUUUAAUAAUAAUAAAAAAGAUUAUGUAAUAUUUGGCAAAGUUUUGUCUUAAAACUCUGCAGGUGUAAGGGAUAAAAUGGCAGCUUGACUCAGUAUGUUGCUCACUGAGGCAGAUUUAUUUUAGAAUGGAAAUUUUGAGUGUUCACUUGGUGUAGUGAACAGACAGUAUACCGAGAAGCAUGUCUGCCAACAAGAGUGCACUAAAACAUCUAUUUCCUGAACUGUUACAGUUCUACUUCUUGAAACAAAGCGGUAAUUCUCUAGCAGUUUAUUCUAUACAGUAAUUAUGAAAAGACUUGCUUCAGUUCCAAAUUUUAUGGAAGUGGUGUAAAUCAAAAGCUUUAUUUGGAUGCUGCAAGACCCAGGAAUCUGGAUCCUACAAAAUUGAUUCUGAUCCUUGUGGGAAAAUAAAUAUUAUUUUGAUAAAUUA